AAUGAGAUUCUCCUGACAGCAAGAAGAAGUCAGACGCCAGACAAGGAAGUCCUUGACACAAACAUUUGCUAACAAUCACUUUAUUCCGCAUUUAUUUUUAUUAUUAUUAUUUUUAUUAUUAUUAUUAUUACAGAUUGUGCAGCGCAAGAGAAGUAAAAAGAAGUGGAGUCUGAGAUGGCGAACUCGGUCUGGUCGGAUAAAAUACUCCAGCUGCUGCACCGCAUCAAUAACUUUUAUUUGCCAGGUUCUUGUCGCGCCAACUGCCGGCGCUUUGAGGUGGGAGGAAGCCAAGUGGGUUGGAUUCUGCCGGACGUGGCCUCGCUGCUGACGCGUUACGGAGAUGUCUUCAAAGCGACACCAGAGGGCACACUUUCACUCUGCCAAAGCCUGGACUCCUAUGACAAAAGAUCGGAGGCUGUGGACAAAGUCCUGAGGACGCUUCGACAAUAUUCUAACCUGCGCUGCCUGGAAGGAUGGAGGGAUGAGAGGUACAACGUGAUGGACAAAUUCUCCGACACACCCGCCAUGUGGAUGGAGAGAGCGGCCACCAGUCUUUUUGGCGUGAAGCGCUAUGGGGUCCACAUCAAUGGUUACACCGUCAGCCAGAGCGGGGACGUCAGCAUGUGGCUUGCACGCCGCUCGCACACCAAACAGACCUACCCUGGACUGCUGGACAACCUGGCAGCAGGUGGUGUUUCUGCCAACAUGAGCAUCAAGCGCACGCUGGUGAAGGAAUGUGAGGAGGAGGCGUGUAUCCCAGAAUGCAUUGCACAGGAGGCUCGCCCAGUGUCCACAGUCAGCUACACCUAUGAAGACGGAGAGGGAGUGUUUGCUGAAAGUCAGUUUGUCUUUGACUUGGAGCUUCCUGCUUCUUUCAAGCCCAGAGUGGGCGAUGGAGAAGUGCAGGACUUCUACCUCCUGCCCAUCCAGGAGGUGAAGGAACUUCUUGCCACUGAGGACUUCAAACCCAACUGUGCCCUGGUGGUCCUGGACUUUCUCAUCAGACAUUCUUUUAUUGAGCCGGACAAUGAACCUUUUUACCAGGACUUUGUGUCUGGACUCCAUCGGGCGCUCUAGAACAGGUCUCCACCUUUUUACCAGGACUUAGUGUGUGGACUCCAUCGGGCGCUCUAGAACAGGUCUCCACCUUUUUACCAGGACUUUGUGUCUGGACUCCAUCGGGCGCUCUAGAACAGGUCUCCACCUUUUUACCAGGUCUUUGUGUCUGGACUCCAUCGGGCGCUCUAGAACAGGUCUCCACCUUUUUACCAGGACUUUGUGUGUGGACUCCAUCGGGCGCUUUAGAAGAGGGCCCCACCUGUGAUAGCGGGGUGUUUAGCGGACAGGAUAAUGUUAGAGGUGCAUUGUUGUGAAGAGAGUGAGUGUGAGGGAGGAAAAAGAAGUGGUUGCCAUUCAUCGAAUUAAGGACAGAAAUCAUCAAAAAGCAAACUUGGUGAAGCGUAGCACUGUUCGUCUGCGCCACAACGAAGCAGAAUGUGUCAGCCAGGGACGUUAGAAUAAUAGCUCAUUUAUCCAUGAAAAUAUGGAGAAGCUGCUGAUGUUGUGUUUGACAGAGAAACAGCUGGAAGAAUAUACCAUCAAAGUCCCCUUUCCAAUCGAAAUACUAUUAUUACAUGACUUCAUAAAACCACUGGACUUGUUUCUAGUACAUUCUAUUGCAGGGUUCUUAACCUUUUUGAAAGCAACUUUUCCACUACAGAAGGGCCCGGGGCCCCACUUCAAUAUUAACACUGAAUGACAUCUUGAUGCCAAUGGUAUUGAAUAAUGAUAUCUAUCAUACUUACAGGAUGAGCCUUGUUAAAUGAUACAGUAUGAAACCAUUAUUAUCCUUAAAAAAUACUAAGCAAAUGUACUGAAAAAUAAGGGACCCUUAAAAAUGUAUUAAAAGUAAAUUCACGUACAAUCACAACGUGCUAAAAGAAAUGAGAUGCGACUAAAUUCAUGAUGUAUAUGUUUCUUGAAUGAAGUAUCAAUAAAAUGUAAGUACCUAUGGAAAAAAGGUUUUAGCAAUUGAAUGGUCAUGUUUACACUUAAGAAAGUUUUCUAUGACUUUGGCCCCACACUUCUUCUGUUUGUUGGAGCUUGUCAGUGCUGCCACCAGUGGUGGAAAAGUGUAUUACACCUGGAGGGAGGACUCUUUGGGCCGCCUGCCAUCCAUUACAAGUCAGGAGCUACAAUUCCAUGCAAAAGGGAUUAAUGAUGCAUCUUUAUGCAGAUCCAUGCACUUUUACAUCUCUUUUCCUUUCACUAAAAAAACGUUUAUCACCUGCAACUUUCAAAAAUAAUCAUUUGGAAUAAGAAAGUGAAAUGUGUUGAAAAGUGGAAGACGUGCGGUCAGUGAGCUACAGUCAGACAUAUUUUAUAACUCUAUUUACAACAAAUACAUCCAUUAUGACUCAUUUCUUCUAGAAUGUUCCACGUGUGGCAUGAAGAUACAAAGUGUGGAUGCAAACACGUCCUGACAAUUAAACAUCUUUGAAAGUUACCCUUAUUGACCCUCAGUUUGUUCCGUAGCGUGGCUUUCAGUUACUGUUGAUGCACAAGCUGGAAAAUGGCGAGCAGAAAUGCACAAUGUAUGCAAUGUGUCCAUUUAUACCACCAUUAUUUACUUUUUAAAUUGAUCUCAACUCUACAUCGCUGCUGGAAUUGUAAUUUUCCUGAAGGAAUCAAUAAAGUAGUAUCCAUCAUUGUAUCUA